AUGUCGGGGAAGGUGGCCGGCAGCAAGCACACAAGCCAGGGCCGGAGGGCGGUGGAGCAGCUGCGAAUAGAAGCCGGUCUGGAGAGAAUGAAGGUCUCCCAGGCAGCCCGUGAGCUGGUGCAGUUCUGCCGGGCGCACGCCCAGAGCGACCCGCUGCUGACUGGUGUCCCUGCCUCGGCCAACCCCUUCAAAGACCAGAACACCUGCAGCAUCCUGUGAGGACCCUGGACCCCCCGCCCCAGCCAGACAAUAGGGAGCAGCCGGGUUCCUAGCAUCGUUCCCCCUCCCCACACUGCGACCCUGGCCCCAGCCAACCCCUAGGGAGCGGCCUUGGAGGGGACAUGACGGGUUCCACCUGUGUCCCACCCUAUCACCCUGCGCCCCUCCCCCAGCCAGGUCAGCGCAGCCUCGUGUGCAGAGAGGAGACGUUCCGACCCCUGGGCCCCGAUCCCUCCUGCUGUAAACCGGGUGAGGAGGAGCAGGGAGUUGGGGGGAAAGCGUGACCCUGCUGCAGCCGGGGGAGCUUUGCCAUCGCUUUCAAGGC